CGGAAGGAGUGCUGGUUUUGUAACUGCCUCAGGGUCAGACCUCGACCAGCGUUGUUCUCGGAAAAGUACGCGAUUGAGGGGUGCUCAAGGUCAAGCAACUCGCUCUCCGCAAAAAUGCGUCACCGCAACAGGGGAUAAAAUUGGUAGCAAAGGCGGUCAUAUUCAUGUAGGAGACGGG